AUGAGGAUCGUGGCUACCGCGGGGACCUCGGAUCUGCAGGCGCGGUGGUCUUCGGCUGAGGCGGAACGCGGCGAGACCAGAGGGAGCGGCGACAGCAUCGGGGAAGGGCGGCGGCGUCGUAGACCGGCGCUGGGUCGCGGCUUCACGAGGGGAAGGCAGCUGGGCGUCGAGCUGUGGCUACAGCAGGCGUCGGUUCUGGGUUUUGCCGUUGGCGUCGGGUCACUGGUCAGAGGCUCUGCAAGCGUCGGGUCUUGCUGUAGGGGCGGCAGCGUGACAGAGGGUCUCCCUAUCGCGCUAUCCCAGCGCAGACGUCCUCCCGUGAACUUCUCUGACGAGGAGGUGCGCCUCGCAUCCCACCACCUGAAGAAGCGCGCCGGGAGGAAGAAGUUCCAGGAGACCCGCCACCCCGUGUACCGUGGGGUGCGGCUGCGUGACUCGGGCAAGUGGGUCUGCGAGGUUCGCGAGCCCAAAAAGAAGUCGAGGAUCUGGCUCGGCACCUUCCCUACUGUGGAGAUGGCGGCGAGGGCGCAUGACAUGGCAGCGCUCGCGCUGAGGGGCCAGUCCGCCUGCCUCAACUUCACAGACUCCGCAUGGCCGCUGCUCACGCCGGUGUUGGCGGAUGCCAAGGACAUACAAAAGGCGGUGGCCAAGGCUGCAGAGGCAUUCCAGCCGGUGGAAUCUAAGGACGUAAUUGGGUCGAUCGCCGAUAUGGCGGAGGGGAUGCUCUUGUCUCCCCCCCAAUGCGGUGGAGAUAUAUAUGGCGGAGAGGGCGACGGGAACUUGGACACAUAUGCGUCAUUAUGGAGCUAUUUCAUCUGA